CAAUGGAAGAGACGUCUCUUCUCUUCCUCUCUUCGCCUUCCUCUCUUGGCCUUCCUCUCUUUCUCUCUGUCUAUCUUUGGUCUUUAUAAACAACGGUAAACCGGUUUGCGAAUCAGCCAUCCAGGUUCAGGUUCAGUACAUCGACGAGGUCUGGUCUGACAAGAACCCUAUCCUCCCUUCUGAUCCUUACCGGAGGGCUUUGACGGGGUUUGUGCUUAAACUAUAGAACGUGAUUUGUUCCUUUGACGGUGGCAGUGGAAUAGAGAAAGUUCCAUCACCAGAGCCAUCAACGGUAUCAGUGGGAUAGAGAAAGUUCCUUUGACGGUGGCUCUAGUUUCUUCCUUUUUAAUCGGGAAGUUUGGUGGUGGUGGUGAUACUCUAGUUGCAAUGACAAAGAAGAAAACACCACAGAUUCUCAAGACAGAUACGGCACUAAAACUUGCUGAGAAGUGGGUUGCCAACAUGUCGAUGCCUGCAGAGGAUGAUCCUAUUGAGGCUCAACAAGAAGCUCGACCACCCAGGAAGCUUGAAGCCAAUAUGAGCUUACAGAGGCUACAAACAGAGUGUCAUUUGGGGCCAAGGAUGAGAUAUCCUGCUUGUUUCAAUGCUCACUUGACAACCUAGGAAGCUUGAAGCAGCAAUAUGGGCUUGCCAAGAAUGCAAACGAGGUUCUCUUGGUCAUCGAGGCUUACAAGACUCUCCGUGACAGAGCUCCUUACCCGGCUAACCACGUUGUGUCACACCUAAGUGGCGAUUUCGCUUUUGUGGUGUUUGAUAAAUCAACAUCCACUCUGUUUGUAGCCUCUGUAAAUUCUUUUUAACCCCUUUUUUUAUUGUGAGGUAGAUUGAAUUCUUUUUACAUGUUGAUUUUGCAUUUCUUUUACAUGUUGAUUUUGCAUUUCCUUUUUUUAUUUCAAAAUAAAUUUUUAAUUUUAAUAAAAAUUAUUUAAUAAUUUUUUUUAAGAA